CCCCACCUCAAAGACAUUGUUCAAUCUCCUCAGCACAUCAUACCACCUCGCACAAACAAUGCGUUUCUCCUUCCUCACAGUUAUUGUUGCGUUAGCAUCUAUAAUGUCUGUCAGUGCAUGUAGCGGCGCGGGCAGUCGUUGCAGAGUCACAAGUAACUGCUGCGCCAAUCAAGGGUUGACCUGCACUCAAACUGUGGUAGGAGUAGUUUACUUUGCAUCCAGUGUUCACCCAAUGGCUCACCAAAUUUUUGCGCUUUGUAAUAUCAGGCGGAUGGUAAAAUCUGCAUGUUUCAUCCCGACAAGUGAGCAGGCCGAUUUGCACGUAGCGACGCAUUGGUGAGUCACGUUUUUGCUUUUGCAUUCCCAGUGCUGUUGUUGAUCGAACAAUCCGUAGGACGCCGCUGAUUGAGAAAUGCGUAGAAGUG